UCCAAAAAGGGCACACAAAAAAAAAAAAUCGUCCGCGCCGCCCGAAAUUAUCCCGCGUCCCGCGAAUGGCGUCCGGUUCAGACCGCGUCCACGCGCUCCAAACAUUUCCACCGGCCACUUCCCUCCAGUUCCGAAACCCCGCUUCUGCCACCGCGCGCCGGCGCUCCUCGUAUUUUAGUGGAUCCAGAGCCAGCGCCCACCUCAAGCUUCUCAGUCUCUCGUCACCUAUCUCGCUCUUCGCCUCUCUGUCUCUCACGGCCAUAGCCCUUUCGGAGGGUGAUACUUGCUGAGGGAGAGGAGGUGGAGUAGGAAGGGGCUUGGUCGUUUCGUGAGCGGAGGAGAUGGAGAGCCUGAGGAGGUUCCUGAACCCGCUGGUGCUCAACCUGCAGAAGAUGGAGCUGGAGCUCACCUGCCCCGUCUGCCUGAAGUUGCUCAGCGCGCCUACAAUGCUGCCAUGCUGCCACACAUCCUGCAGCAAGUGUGCCACUACACGGACUACGAAUGGUUACAGCUGUGCCAUUUGCAAAUCAGCCUAUCGUUCUCAAGAUUUAAGGCCAGCCUCUCACCUUGAGGCAAUAGUGAGCAUUCACAGGAGCCUCAGCUCUACACUCAGCACCAUGGUUACACAGCAGAAUACUCAAGUUGACAUUCCUGUUGCAAGGGCAGCAUCUCAAGGAACACCAGAAUCAGGAAACAGAAGUGGAGUAGACAAAUCUGACCAGAUGAAAUCUUACAACCCCGUUGCUUCAAAGCUAGUAUAUAACCAAGCAAUUAGGCCUACAUUUGGGAAUAUGGAUGGUGUUCAAGCAAGAGAUCCUGCAUUUGAGAACAAAGCUGCUGAUGCAGUUGUUGUGCCAACAGUUCUUGUACAAAAGGGACAUUCUGGGUCACAAUCUUCUGACGGCCCUGGGGAUUUGGAUUGUGACAGCAAUGACCUUGAAGGAGAAUUGAUAACAAACAGACCAGCUCCUCAAACUGCACUCAAAAGAGAACCGAAUGUAAUAGAUGACAAUGCCAGAGAAUUGAAGAGGCAAAAAUCCAUUGAUCAAAGCGAAAGACAACCAAUCAUGGCUGGUGCUUGGAAAUGUGAAUUUUGUCAUUCUUCCAAAACCACUGAGUUUACUGGCCCGUUGUCGCAUUAUCUUCACGGGGAGCCAUUAGAGGCUAACCAAGCUUGGAAAUCAAAUGUUCUGCAUGUCCAUGAGAAAUGCAUUGAAUGGGCUCCUCAAGCAUUCUUUACUGGUGAUAUUGCAAACAACCUGGAGCCUGAGUUGGCCCGCGCUUCUAAGAUCAAAUGUAGUGUUUGUGGAUCGAAAGGUGCAGCCCUUGGCUGCCUUGUGAAGAGCUGCCGCAAGAGCUAUCAUGUCCCGUGUGCCCACGAGAUCUCAGGCUGCCGAUGGGAUGAAGAAAACUUCGUUAUGCUUUGUCCUUCUCAUUCGUCAAAAAAGUUGCCUUGUGAGAGAUUAAAAUCGAAAAGGAAGUCCAAGCUGCAGCAACCAUCUUCUGAUAUAAUGCUUGAUGAGCUGAGCUCACCUUCUCCAAUGCAACGGGAUGAACUUUGGACCGCUUCACCGUUUCUGACUAGUGAAUGGGUGAUAUGUGGAUCUGCCCUCAACGGUCAUGAUAAGGAAAUCUUGGAUCAAUUUGAGCAUCAAACUGGCAUUACAGUAACUAACAACUGGAGGCCGAAUGUGACUCAUGUGAUUGCUAAUACGGAUGAACGUGGGGCAUGUUCUAGGACACUUAAGGUUCUCAUGGCCAUAUUGGCUGGGAAAUGGGUUCUCAAUGUAAAUUGGCUGAAAGCUUGUGUUGAGGCUAGAGAACCAGUCCCAGAAGAGCCCUAUGAGAUCAGCUCUGAUGUUCAUGGCUCUUUUGAUGGCCCUCGCACAGGAAGGCUUCGAGCAAUGCAACAGGCACCAAGUCUGUUUGUCGGGUUGACCUUCUAUUUUAGUGGCCAUUUCUUGCCGGCAUACAAGGUUCACCUUGAAGAUUUGAUUGCCGCAGCAGGGGGAUCGAUUUUGGAGAAGGCUGAUCUCUAUAGCACAUCCUUGAUUGUUUACAGCAUGGAGCCACCGCAAGGAAGCGAUUCAGACACCCUUAACAAGGUUAUCAAUAAGAGAAUAGCUGAUGCUGAAGAAUUGGCAGCCACAAUUGGCUGCAAAGUAAUUCCUCAUACAUGGCUUCUGGAUUCUAUUGCAUCCUGCACAGUUCAAUUGACUGUGUGACACUGUACCUAGGUUCAAAGUUAGGAUGUGAUUUAUGUUUUUUUUACUUUUAUAAAAAGAGAUUAGGAUGUGAUUGACAUGUUGUCUUAUUGAUCCAAAAUAUCUUCAGAUGUAACAUCAGUGCACAAUUCAAUUCGAAUAAACUUGUGUAUUUCAUUCCA